AAAAAUGAGUUCGUGUAUAAUAAAGUGCUGCAUAUUAAUUUAAUGUUAAUUUAUGUUUUUAAUGUUUUUUUUUCCUCCCAUGAUACAAAAGCUCAGCGCUGUGUUUAUUUUCACUUUCACUAUUUUCAGCUCUCACUCCACUUCCAGCUUCCAGACAAACUGCAGUCUCAGCAGUUCCUGGCUCCUAGUCUCACUGUAGGCCAUGUACCUUUUGGCUCUUCUUGUGUGGGUUUCAACAGCUUUGGCUGGAGUUCCACAUGCCAGCAGAGAAGAUGAGCCUUCUUUCCCAGUAGCAACCAAUGGACAGCCAUUCCCAUGGAACAAGAUGAGGCUUCCACAGGCUGUUUUGCCCCUCCACUACGACCUCCUCAUCCACCCCAAUCUCACUAGCUUAGACUUUGCUGGAAGUGUGAAGAUCCAAGUGGAGGCCCAUGAAGAAACCAACACCAUUGUACUCCACAGCAAAGAUCUCAACGUCACCAAGGCAGCACUGCUGGCUUCAUCUGAAGGUGAAGGUCAGAUUGUGAAGGUGCUGGAGUAUCCGGCCUACCACCAAAUUGCUCUUGUGAGCGAUAGCACAGUGCUGAAGAAAGGUCGUGUGUAUGUUAUUGAGCUGGACUUUGUGGCCAAACUCUCCGAGAGCUUCCACGGGUUUUACAAAAGUACAUACCGGACCACGGAAGGAGAAGAGAGGGUUCUGGCCUCCACCCAGUUUGAGGCGACCAGUGCUCGCGCAGCUUUCCCCUGUUUCGAUGAACCGGCCUUCAAAGCCAACUUCUCCAUCCGCAUCCGCCGAGAGAGCAGACAUAUCUCCAUCUCCAACAUGCCAAAGCUGAGGACGGUGGCACUUCCUGACGGCCUGUUUGAGGACCAGUUUGACGUCACUGUGAAGAUGAGCACAUACCUGGUGGCCUUCAUCGUGUGUGACUUCCUUUCCAUCAGCAAGAACACCGAGCAUGGGGUCAAGAUCUCAGUGUACACCGUACCAGAGAAGAUAGACCAGGCCGAGUUUGCACUGGACGCUGCAGUGAGGCUGCUGGACUUCUAUGAUGAUUACUUUGACAUUCCAUAUCCUCUCCCUAAGCAAGAUCUUGCUGCAAUCCCAGACUUCCAAUCAGGUGCUAUGGAGAACUGGGGACUGACCACUUACAGAGAGACCGCUCUGCUCUUUGACCCCCACAAGUCUUCCGCCUCUGACAAGCUGGGCAUCACUAUGGUUAUAGCACAUGAGCUUGCCCACCAGUGGUUUGGUAACCUGGUGACGAUGCAGUGGUGGAAUGAUCUUUGGCUGAAUGAGGGAUUCGCCAAGUUCAUGGAGUUUGUGUCUGUAAACAUCACCAACCCUGAGCUGCAAGUGGAGGACUAUUUCAUGGGGAAGUGCUUUGAGGCAAUGGAGGUAGAUUGUUUAGGCUCCUCCCACCCUGUGUCCACCCCUGUGGAGAACCCGGCUCAGAUCCAGGAAAUGUUUGAUGACGUGUCUUAUGAUAAGGGUGCUUGUAUCCUGCACAUGCUGAGGGAGUUCCUGACUCCUGUCCACUUUAAGUCUGGCAUUGUCCGAUACCUGAAAAAAUACAGCUACCAGAACACGGUCAACACACACCUGUGGGAAAGUCUGACCACUAAGCAGCACUUGGAGGACGAGCUGGACGUUAAGGUGAUUAUGGAGACGUGGACACUGCAGGAAGGCUUUCCCCUUAUCACAGUGGAAGUCAAAGGUCGUGAAGUGCGCCUAAGUCAGGAGCGGUACUUGAAGGGCGGCGAUCCCUCCAAGACCUCUGGGUUUCUUUGGCACGUCCCGCUGACAUACGUCACCAGUAACUCGGCCAUGGUCCAUCGCUUUCUGCUGAAGACUAAGACAGAUGUGCUGUACCUGCCUGAAGAAGUGGACUGGGUGAAGUUUAACGUGGACAUGAGCGGAUAUUACAUCGUCCACUAUGAGGGGUCGGGCUGGGACAACCUCAUCACUCUGCUCAAACACAACCACACCGCCCUCAGCAGCAAUGACCGGGCCAGCCUCAUCAACAAUGUCUUUCAGUUGGUCAGUGUGGGGAAACUACCGCUGGACAAAGCUCUGGACCUGACGCUGUAUCUGAGCCACGAGACAGAGAUCAUGCCUGUGACGCAGGGCCUCAGUGAGCUCGUCCCGCUCUACAAACUGAUGGAGAAAAGGGACAUGGAGGUGCUGGAGAACCAGAUGAAGGGCUACAUCGUGCACCUGUUCCAUGAGCUCAUAGAUGGGCAGGCGUGGACUGACGACGGUUCAGUAUCUGAGAGGAUGCUGCGCAGCUACCUGCUCCUCUUUGCCUGCGUGAGGGGUCACCCUCCCUGCGUCUCCACUGCCACCCAGCUCUUCAACAAGUGGAAGGAGUCCGACGGCAACAUGAGUCUCCCUAAUGACAUCAGCCUUGCUGUGUUUGCGGUUGGUGCUCGCACCGAGGAGGGCUGGGACUUCAUGUUCGAGAAGUACCGCGAAUCCCUUUAUACGUCACUGAAGAGCCGAAUUAAAUCUGCCCUGUCCAUCUCUCCUCUUGCUCACAAACUCAAAUGGAUGAUGGAGCAGAGUUUGGAGGGCUCGGUGAUGAAGAUGCAGGACCUACCGUACGUCGUGACAUCAAUCAGCAGGAACCCUAAAGGCUAUAAACACGCCUGGGACUUCCUGAGGGCCAACUGGCACUCGCUUGUGAAAAAGUUCGACCUCGGCUCUCACUCCAUUGCACACAUGGUAACAGGUGUGACCAGUCAGUACUCUACCAGAGAGAUGCUGGAAGAGAUUCGGGAAUUCUUCCGUUCCUUAACUGCUGAGACGGGCGCUGAGCUGCGCUGCAUCCAACAGGCCCUGGAGAACGUGGAAGAGAACAUUCGCUGGAUGGACAAGAAUCUCCCUCUGCUCCAAGCCUGGUUGGACAAGAACCAUCCAGAACCAGCCCAGCUAGACGACCAGUUCAAACACACAGAGCUGUGAAGCCCUUGACCGCACAAGACCCGACCUGACCUGAGCCAACAGCUCGUACUGAACGACCGUACGAAGAAAAUAAAAACGUAUUUGAGAAAUAGGGCCUGCUGAAUGGUGAAAUUGGCUGAAAUGUGUGUGAUUGGUAUGGACACACUGCUGGUCUUCAAAAAAGUAUCUGCACCAUUUUUUCCAAAAUCUUUGCAAAAUUAUACGGUUGAGAUGUAAACAAAGUCAUUCAGAGUGGGUGGAUGGGAAAUUCUUCAUUGUAGAAAAACUUCAGAAAAGUCAGAAUUGUUCACAGUGGUAGUGAAUCAGACGUCCACCUCUAAAUAAAUAUAAACUGGCCAAGAACAUGCUGCCUGAUUAAGUAAAUAAAACGGCUUGUUUGUGUUGUAGACAUUGUGACCCCUGGUUCCUAUCACCACCACUGUAAGAAGUCAGUGGGCUUUUCUGCAAUGAACCAUAAACCAGCCUGCAUGAUUACAGCUCAACAACUGAGUAAUGGAGAAAAUUUGAUGGAAUUCCUUCAAAAGUAACGAAGUACAUUUUUGAACAAAUUUGAAGAAGAUUAAUCAUUGCCAUCAUAUUUUUGAAGGUCAAGGCUUUUUAUAAAAAAAAAAAAAAUAUGAAAAGCCAAAAAGGAGGAAAACGUUGGUCUUUUACCACAGAAAAGUUGAGGAAAUGAAAAGAAUAGUCUGGCAGAACAAUCUACACAGUACACUUGUUUACAAAAACUGUACGACAGACUGCUGGACAAAACAGGCUGCUACUACUGUUUGUAGCUAUGCUAGCAUAUUUCAGCUCAUAUUUACAGACAACGGUGUGUAAUACAGUGUCAGAAACCGCAUAGACACGUCAAUUAGAGAUUCAUGAAGGACUCUACACAGUUUGAGGCAAGUGUGAAAUGACUUAGACAUGCAGUUUUCAUGAUGCUAAGUGGCUAAUUACUCACAAGCCUCUAUUGCUUGUUAGCUACAUUAGCAUCAUAGCUCCAAUGCAAAAGGAAUGAAAUUCAGAAACUACAUUACGGUAUAAAUGUGAUUAUUUCACCAACUAUACAAUUAAUUUUCCUCACCUUUUCUGUGAUGAAACACAGGCUUUUAAAAUGCACUUUCUAGUCCUCGUUUGAGGAUGGUUUUUAGUUCAGGGUUAAACUGUGUCACAGAGAAGAUGGUUUUUUAAAUAUUAUUAUUUUUGUUAGACUUCUCUGAGACACACCAAUACCAGCUACUGUGUUUUCUUAACUUGUGUGCUGUUUUAAAUUCCUUACAGUUUUCAUGAUUUAUCAGUUUUAAAAGAACCUUCUACAAAGUAAAUGUCUUCAUGCUGAAAUCGGAAAUAAAACAUUUGGAUAGGUUAAGAUCUGAAACCUGACCAACUUGGAAGUAAUGUGCACUUUGUCUGUAUUUCUCAUAUUGAUCACUGAAAACAUUAGCAUUUUCUCUAUGCUGCUGUAAUCCAACGUAUGCAAAUGUAUUCUGACCAACUGUACUUAUGGAAAACCAAAAUUUGCUCCCUUUUGUUGUGGUAUAUAAACACAGAGUGCGUUUACAUGCACUCAAUUUGAUCGUGA